AUGUCUGUUUCUAUCAGUCAAAUGUCCCAGCUCGAGGGGGCCAAAUGCCUCGACGAUGACUGGACUGGCCUCAAAGACAGGGCUGAGCGGAAGAAACGCCAGACACGGCUCAACGUGAGAGCUCAUCGGAAGCGUAAGGCCGAGGCUCGGGCUAUGUUGGUCAAGAAAGAGUACCAUGUCCAGCCACGCGAGCGCCAAAUAUCCUCAUCAGUUGUGGCUGGUGAGAUGCCCAUAUUCGCCAUGAGUGCAAGCAACUUUAAACCCCUGUCGUUUGACCCUCUCAAGAGCGAGUUUCCGUUAUCAACCGAUCAUCUCAUUCCCCUCAUUCAGUACAAUGUCAAGCGGGCGAGCCACACCAAUAUUGCCAUUCUAGCCAUUACGAACGUUGUCUGCGUUGGCAGCCCUUACAAAACAAUGCCCCUCUUCCCCUACCCCCGCGCCCUCCCCGAAUCUUUGGCUCCGACGUCACUACAACUCACCACGCCGCACCCGCCCUGGAUCGACAUCCUGCCCUCGCCUCGUAUGCGAGACAAUGCCAUACGCGCCCUCGGGCAGUAUUCCCAAGCGGAUUAUUGCGCCACCUUCUCUGGCGGACGGUCGGGUGCGGACGGGAUGAUCGUGUGGGCGGAUCCAUGGGGUCCGGAUGGUUGGGAAGUGACCGAAGGUAUGCUGCGGACCUGGCGCUUCCUUUUCAAGGGCUGCCAAGACAUGAUGACAGCAACGAAUCGCUGGCGAGCCGCGAGAAAUGAACCGCCACUUGUGUGGGAACUCGAAUGA